UAUCGUCCCGCGAAAUCUAGAGUCUCUCUCCGAUCCAUUCACUCUCUCAUCUCUUCUGUCUCUUCUUGUGGUAAUGGCGUCAAUUUCGGCUUUAUCUGUUGGCUCACUACCUAAAUGCAUGGAGUCCAACAAAUUUUCAGAUUCCUCUCUCCGUGGUAAAAAUAACAAGGAGUCUGGAUUUGUUCGCUUGGUUGAGCGAAGAAAAGUGGUUCUCUCUUCCUUUGGGAUGCUAUCUGCGACAUUGUUGAAUAAUUCAAGGGACGGAAGUGUUGCGGCGACAGAAUUUGCUGACAUGCCAGCGCUUAGAGGCAAAAAUUAUGGUAAGACAAAAAUGCGAUACCCAGAUUAUGCAGAAACUGAAUCAGGGCUCCAGUAUAAGGACUUACGAAUAGGAUAUGGCCCUAAUCCAAAAGUGGGAGAUACAGUUGUGGUGGAUUGGGAUGGUUACACCAUAGGUUAUUAUGGUCGCAUAUUUGAAGCCCGGAAUAAAACCAAGGGUGGCUCUUUUGAGGGUGAUGACAAGGACUUUUUCAAAUUCAAAUUAGGGUCGCAAGAGGUAAGUCUUCAUUUAAUGACCAGAGUUCCUCAAAAUUUGAGAAAUUACAAACCUACAUCAGAUAUUGGGCCUGGCAUGCGUAGAAAGAAAAAGACAAAUAGGAAGGGUGAGCUGGCAGAGGAGGGAGGAACAUUCUAAUGAACUAUGACAUAUAGUGGUGCUGGUUUGUUUGUGUGUAAGGGGCAUGGAUGCACAGUAGUGGAGAGUGCUACCUCAAAUGCUAAUGUGAGGCAGCAUACUGUAUGUGUCCUGUGUCUUUCAUUUCUGUUUUCCUUUUCAUCAGAGAGCUUAGAGUUGUAGCUUGUUCAAUUGGGCACUAAUCCCUCUUUCUUCCACUGAGAUAGGGGGAUUAACCAGUAACUUUGGGUAACUUCAGUUUACAGAAAUAGUGAAUGACAGUUCUGCAUUUUGGUUAGGUUAAAGGAUCGCAAUUGGAUGAAAUGAGAACAAGCUUGGAUUGGCUUAAAGUAAGAUUGAACUAUGGGUUGAAAAAUAAAUCAAGACGAAACCAAUAGUUUGGUCACACAACUUUAAAUAAAACCUUAAAAUGAAAGCACAAGUUAAUAUUAUUAUUUGAUGAUAGAAUCUAUGUGCGCUUUUCUCUAUGCUUCACUUGCUUUUUCGAUGGCUCCCUACACAAGGGAGGUUUUGAAGAAUGGUUGCUUAUGUUCCUCGAAU